CUACAAGCGGGGAGGUGUGGCGUCGGGGCUGAAACACGUGGAAACCAACGCGUACAACGUCCAGAGGCUUCUGCACGUGAAGGGCAGGAAGAACGUCCACGCUGCUGAGAGUCGUAUAAAAUGUGUACAGGCUAGAGGGGCCGAAUGGCCUACACCGGCACCUAUUGUCUAUGUAUCUCCACCUCCUUGUUUGCAGGCGAUGCAGCUGGCCAAGGACAUCCGGGAUCGGGAGAGAGCGGGGCGCGGGCAGAUCGCGGUGGUGGACGGGCACAACGAGGAGGUCUCCGGGGACCUGAUGCGCCUCAUGAACUUCCUGCUGGGAGAGAGGAAGGAGAUUAAAGCGGCCGUUCCCGAUGAAGUGGUGGACCAGCAACAGAGGCAAUCCGUCAAACUGUACCGUGUGACUGACUCGGAGGGAAACCUGUUGGUGCAGGAGGUGGCCCUGAGACCCCUGACGCAGGACCUGCUCAAUAGUGACGAAUGUCACAUCGUGGACCAGGGUGGGGUACAAAUCUUUGUGUGGAAGGGGAAGCGGUCGACCCAGACGGAACGACAAUCUGCCCUGACCAGAGCAAUGGGCUUUGCCAAGGCCAAAGGUUACGGAACGCACGUCAACAUUGAGGUGGAGAAUGAGGGGUCAGAGUCGGCUUUGUUCAAGCAACUCUUUGAGCGGUGGACCGUCCCGUAUCAGACCACUGGCCUGGGCCGAACACACAGUCUCGGCAAGAUCGCCAAGGUGGAACAGCGGAAGUUUGACGCCAUUGAGAUGUACGCCAGGCCGGAGAUGGCCGCUCAGGAGAGGAUGGUUGACGAUGGGUCUGGAGAGGUAGAGGUAAGGGUCACCUUCAUGUCACCUGUACCCCAGGUACAGUCCACAGCUUUGUUUCACAUCCUACCCAAACAGAUUAUACUAAGGCUGUGGUCUAGGCGUGGGUGUGGCGUGGACUUUUUUACCAUCCGGUGCCUGGGAUCCGUUGCCGGCGAAGAGCUCCGACCUCCGGCCUACUUGCGGCCUACAACAUCCAGGAACCGCGAUCUCCCGCUGCAGGAGGAACAUCGCGAUGUGAGUCCACGCCUCUUCGAAUGCUCCAAUCAGACCGGCCGCUUUGUGGCCACGGAGGUCACCGACUUCAUCCAAGAUGACCUGGACGAUGAUGACGUGAUGCUCCUGGACACCUGGGAGCAGGUUUUCCUGUGGAUCGGCAAAGGAGCAAAUGAGUGCGAGCGGACCCAAGCAGCGGUCCUGGCCGUGGAGUAUCUCAACACCCACCCGAGCAACCGAGACCCGGGCACCCCCAUACUGAUCGUCAAGCAGGGCUUCGAACCCCCGACCUUCACCGGCUGGUUCAUGGGCUGGGACCAGCACCUGUGGACUGAUGGGAGGUAUGGAGAGCUGCAGCCAGGUUUGGAUGAUCCACGGAUUCUAGAGGAGCUGAUGAACGACAUGAAAGAAGUGAAAAUCACUCACACCUACAGUGAAAUAUCCACAUCCAAUCAAUCCUGGCAAACCUACCCAAUAGAUCAACUGUUGGACAAGCUGCCAGGGGAGUUACCUCCUGGUGUCGACCCAACAAGGAAAGAGGAAUAUCUGUCGGAUAAAGACUUUGAGAGCAUUUUCGGCACGUCACGCUACAAGUACAAUUCAAUGCCAGAGUGGAAACAGAAGAAUAUGAAGAAAGCCAAAGGUUUUUUUUAGGAAGAGCCCGUCUGAUAGCCUAGUCCAUCGGGGGAAUUUUGGCAACCUUUUUAUUAGAUCAACCAUGUAAUUUUUUUUUAUCACUUAGUUUGAGGUGUUGGUUGUGUCGUCAGCCUUGGUUGUAGUUUUAGAGAUACCGCUCGGAAACUGGCCCUUCGGCCCAUCGAGCCCGUGCUUACUACCAUCGUUCGCCCAUGCUUUAUGCUAUCCCACAUUCUCAUCCGCUCCCUGCACACGAGGGCCAAUUGACCUGCACGCCCGCACGUCUGUGGGAAUGUGGGAGGAAACCGGAGCGCCUGGAGGAAACCCACACAGUCACUGGGAGAUAACAUGCAAACUCCACACAAACAGGCAGCAGUGGAGGUCAGAAUCGAACCUGGGUCCCUAGCGCCUGUGAGGCAGCGC